ACUAACCAUUCACCUGAACAGGAAGCUUCAAUCACAAGGUUUUUCAAGCUGACUGGAUGUUUUCAUGACAUUUUUGUAACUUGUAUUUGUUUGCAAUGAACAAUAUACAGUUUUAAAUAGUAAGAUUACAUUAUUUGUGCGUAAAUACCAUGUUUCUUAUGGAAAUUGACCGGAUACAUAUUGUAUUAUGGUGGACGUUUCUUCCCAUGCUCGGCACAUCAUGGGCUCAAUCAACAGCAUGCCUGACACUUCCAACAGUGGAGAACGGCAACGUUAGUGUUCUCUACAAUGGCAUCGUUGUUGUGAAGUGUAAUUUACCUUACAUCGCUAACGCAAGCAUUAUAUUCUGUCAGUCUGACGCAAAAUGGCAGAGCGUCGCUUGUAAACUUAUUGAUUGUCGUGCCCCAAAACAUAUUGAGAAUGGCAAAAUUACUCUGGUGGAUAGUGCAAACACGUCAUACGGUGCCAGCGCAUCUGUCAUGUGCAGCCAUGGGUAUACACCAGCCGUGGUCAUGGUAACGUGUACAGCUAACGAAACCUGGGAGGACACUGAAUGCAAUAUUAUCGACUGUGGUCUUCCGGGUGACAUUGAAAAUGGCAACAUUACUCUGGUGAACAGUUCGAGCACAACAUUCGGAUCACACGCUUAUGUUAGCUGUGAGUUAGGUUAUGCAGCGACUUUGCCAAUGAUAAAAUGUCAGGCUAGAGGAGUGUGGGAAGAGUCAACUUGCAUUGUAGACUGCGGUCCACCAGCGGCUAUUGCUAACGGAGUAAUUGCUCUGCUUGAUGAUGCAAACACGACCUAUGGGUCGCAGGCCAACGUCAACUGUGACCAUGAAUACGUGACUAACACAUCUCUGGUUGAAUGUCAGGAAAACGGGACGUGGUCUUCCGCAAGAUGUAUUAUUGUAGACUGCGGUCUUCCGGGUGACAUUGAAAACGGCAACAUCACUCUGGUGAACAGUUCGAGCACAACAUUCGGAUCACACGCUUAUGUUAGCUGUGAGUUAGGUUAUGCAGCGACUUUGUCAAUGAUAAAAUGUCAGGCUAAAGGAGUGUGGGAAGAGUCAACUUGCAUUGUAGACUGCGGUCCACCAGCGGCUAUUGCUAACGGAGUAAUUGCUCUGCUUGAUGAUGCAAACACGACCUAUGGGUCGCAGGCCAACGUCAACUGUAACCAUGGAUACGUGACUAACACAUCUCUGGUUGAAUGUCAGGAAUACGGGACGUGGUCUUCCGCAAGAUGUAUUAUUGUAGUAACCGAGACUGACAAAUGUCUGGACGACGACCGCUUGACAAUAGAGGAGUCCGUGUGUGUCAGGGAAGAACUAAAAAAUAUCCUAUUACAGAUCAAUGCCAUGGGUGAUAACACUACAACAGAACAGAUGACCGAAGCGAUUGGUCAGUUGGCGAAUGCUACUGUUUCUGCCCUGCAAACAGACAAAGAGAUCCUACUUGUAGUUGAUAUUAUAUCAAAGUCGUCGGACAUUCUAUCCAAACAACAUCCGAAUCUCGACGGAACUCAGGCAUUCUUUCGAUCAGUCAGUAAUAUCGUCGACGAACAAAACAAAGUAAAAUGGAUGACUAUAAGAGAAACGGACAGCAAAAGUGGUGAGACAAUCAUGACAUCAAUUGAGAAAAUGGAACACACAUUGCGCCGAGCUGUUGAUAAUGGCAAUGAAGGUUUUACAAAUGUCACAAUUGUACAGAAAAAUGUAGCCAUCGAGGUGAAGACGGUACAGAAAUCAGACAUUAUUUAUCCGUAUCCGAGCAACGCACCUGGAAGCUCGGAUGACCAUGUUUGGCCCAGAACGUCAGAAAGCCAGAUUCGACUCGAUGCCGACGCCCUAGGUGACCACAAUGUUAUAGCUAUUACCGUGAUCUACAAGGAUAUGAGUUUUGUUUUACCGGAAUCUUUAGAUACAAAUACAUCAGGAGGAACAUCUUUGCGUCAUGCUGUCAAUGGGCCCAUUCUUUCGAUGUCACUGUCAAACCAUUCAGCCGUUUUGAACCCACCGGUCCGACUAACAUAUAAACAUAUUCAGACGAACUUUACAGGCGCAAAAUGUAGCUAUUGGAAGUUUGGAAGCGGGAAUAAGACUGGAUUAUGGUCCACAGACGGUUGUUGGGUGGAGGAAUCUAACGCCACUUUCACGGUGUGUCGAUGCAAUCACCUAACGAAUUUCGCUGUCCUAAUGAGCCCGUUUGUUCCGGCACAGGUGACCCCAUUGGCAUUGACGGUUGUCUCCAUUGCUGGCGUUGCUUUGUCAAUUGCAUGCCUACUUCUAACAAUUUUGACAUACACAUGUCUUUGGAGGUAUCUCAGGAAUGACCGGGCAGUUCUUUUGUUGAACCUGAGCGUCGCUCUUCUUAUUGCAUAUGGAUCGUUCUUAGCAGGUGUUGAACGGACCGAAAACAAAAUAGUGUGUAAGGCCAUCGCGGCGUUGCUUCACUACAUUUACUUGGUCGUGUUCUGUCUCAUGUUGGCGGAGGGAAUAGACUUAGUCAUCACGGUGGUGUUUGUGUUUGCAACGAAAUCUCGACUACAGCUUCUACUCACAGCCGGAUGGGUUGUUCCUGCUAUUAUCGUUGGGAUAUCCUUGGGAAUAACUGAAACUAAGGGAUACGGCAACGAUAAUUUUUGUUGGCUUUCAUUAACUGGCGGCUUGAUAUGGGCGUUUGUUGGACCAGCAUUAUUGAUUAUUCUGAUCAACACAAUAUGCCUCGUUCUGGUCAUAAAGAAGAUGUUUCACAUGAAAGCAAUGGCUAAUAAGACGACCGAGGAGAAAAUAAGAACCAGCGUUCGUUCACUGUGUGUCCUUGUUCCUUUGAUUGGCAUUACGUGGAUACUUGGCAUCUUCUACGUCAACGAGUCGGCCUACUUCGUGCAAUACCUGUUCGCAAUCUGCAAUGGGUUGCAGGGCGUGUUCAUAUUUGUCUUCAAUUGCGCAUUAAAUAGCAAGGUCAGAAAUGCCAUCACCAAUCUAAACACUAGGAGGGCCACUAUAUACUCAGUGUCGAAGCAAUCAACGAGGGAAGCACGCAGAAAUAAAUACGAAAUAUUUUCAUCACUUAAAAAUCGCACGCAGUCGAAAGCUUCAGAGAGUAGAAGCUCAAAUCAUCUGGCCAACGGUUCAAGUAGAGAAGACAGUACCGCCUAUACAAACACUCAAGGUUGUUCAGAAUCAGUUAGUCAAGUAGAGCAACCAAUGAGCGACUACAAUCAUUAUGACGUCAUUGCAUCGCAUGAUGGCGUCAAUGUUUCUCAAGAUUACGUCAAUAUACCUCAUGGCGAAGUCAAUGCAUCCCAUGAUUACGCCAAUAAUUCAUAUGAUUGCGUUGACGCCAAAGACACGCAUAACAUCAUCGAACCGAAAGAACGCCGUAAAAGCAUAAUAAUGAAAGCGAUUGAGAGCGUAUCAAAUAUAUAAGUAAAUUACUGAUUUAAUUAUUAUCUCUGAUGUUUUGACGUUGUUUUGACGUUGUUUUGACGUUGUUUCUUUUACCUUAAUUUGUUGUAAUGAAUUCAUUUUCUUUUUAUUUGUCGCAACUUUCAAACAUCAUCACACAUGCGAACGAAGUGAAUGUCAAAGGAAAUAUAUUAUAAGAAAACAAAAAGUAAACUUCUUUAAAAAAAAUGUUUAUUUCCUAAACGAUCUUUUAACAUUGACAAUUUUUCAAUCAUUAAUUUUAAUAUUGGUGAAUUAAAAUUUAUACACUAGUUUACGAUAAAUACUGUUGUACUGCAAAACACACACGAAUGGAUUUAACUUUAAACGUGAUAAAUAACGCUAGAUAGGAAAAUAUUGACAAAAUACAAACGACAGCUAGCGCAUGUAGCUUUUGAUUGGUACAAAUACACAUAACGAUAUUUAGAGAAGUCAUGUGCUAGGAGUAAGAAUAUAUACAUAUAUAAAAAUAAUUGUUAGACAUAGAUAUGGGAUUAUACAUCAAGCUCGAAAACCACGUAAUGGAAUGAAGAGAGGACUUAACAAGGAAGGGGUUGGAACAAGAUGAGUAGAGUGCGAGACUGAACACAAAGUUUCGUUAAUAAAGCAGGAGUUUUACAGUUGGAACAACAGAAGGGGAGUGCAAGACUGAACACAAAGUUUCGUUAAUAAAGCAGGAUAUGUACAGGGAAGAUGUUGGAACAACAGAAGGAGAGUGCAAUACUGAACACAAAGUUUCGUUUAUAGAGCAGGAGUAUUACAGGGAAGAUGUUGGAACAACAGAAGGAGAGUGCAUGACUGAUCACAAAGGUUCGUUAAUAGAGCAGGCGUGUUACAGGGAAGAGGUUGGAACAACAGAAGGAGAAAGCAUGACUGAUCACAAAGUUUCGUUUAUAGAGCAGGAGUGUUACAGGGAAGAGGUUGGAACAACAGAAGGAGAGUGCAAGACUGAACACAAAGCUUUGUUUAUAGAGCAGGAGUAUUACAUGGGAAGAGGUUGGAACACCAGAAGGAGAGUGCAUGACUGACCACAAACGUUCGUUUAUAAAGCAGGAGUGUUACAGGGAAGAGGUUGAAACAACAGAACGAGAAAGCAUGACUGAUCACAAAGUUUUGUUUAUAGAACAGGAGUGUUACAGGGAAGAGGUUGGAACAACAGUAGUAGAGUGCAUGACUGAACACACAGUUUCGUUUAUAGAGCAGGAGUGUUACAGGGAAGAGGUUGAAACAACAGAAGGCGAGUGUAUGACUGAUCACAAAGUUUCGUUUAUAAAGCAGGAGUGUUACAGGGAAGAGGUUGGAACAACAGAAGGAGAGUGCAUGACUGAACACAAAGUUUCGUAUAAAAAGGAACAGUUUUACAGGAAGUUAUAUAUUUCUUAGCGACAUAUUUCUUGUCGAAUCUUUUUACUUAAUUUUAUGUAUGCAUGAACUGAAUCAUAGAUACGGGAUUUGUAUCAUAGAAUAUGCAUAAAUCCCCAUGUAUGAACGCAUUUAGCAUGGGGAACGUCAGUUGAAAUAUUGCACUGAUGAGAACAUUUGGUUCUUGCCUAAAUAAGUUACAUUCGGAAACUAAUUCGGAACUGAUUCGACUGUAGCACAGGUCGAGCAUCAAUAACCUGCAUCGAACCGAAGAGUGAUAUAAUUAGUGACAAGAAGAACAGUCUUACUGUAUUUCAUAUUUUAUAUAAAAAAAUCUGGGGUUUCAGAUGCUAUACCCUUUUGUAAUGAUAUUUGAUUUUAAUUAUUUCUGUCAUUAUUCCUGUUUCGUGUUUGCACGCUUAAAACAUGUAUUACUUAGA